AUGAGUGUACUCACUUUUUCAGUACACAAAAAUACAUAUAGUAAUGCAAUAUCAUGUACAAUUGAUGAUGAACAUUUAUCAAGUCCACAAGAUGAACAAGAUGAUGAUACAACAAAUGAACCAGAUGAAUGGGAAGAAACAGAAGUUCCGAAAUGUCUUGGUGAUAUAUUUCAAUCCGUUACUGGUGCAAUAUUUCUUGAUUCAAAUAAAUCAUUUAAUACAAUAUGGAAAAUUUAUUAUCGUAUGUUAAAACCAUUUAUUGAAAAAUUUACAACUAAAGUACCAAAAUCACCAAUACCUGAAUUACUUGAACGUGAACCCGAAACUGUCAAAUUUGAAAAACCUGAACGUUUACUUGAUGGUCGAAUACGUGUUACUGUUGAAAUAAUUGGUAAAGGACGUUUUAAAUUUAAAGGUGUUGGAAGAAAUUAUCGAAUAACAAAAAAUGCAGCAGCAAAAUGUGCUUUAAAAAAUUUGCGCCGUCUUGAUUUAAUGAAAGAUUUAUUCUUUUUCAAUGAAAAACAAAAACAUAUUUCUCAGAUAUUUAUUUUAUUGUAA